CUCCUGCUCCGAAGGAGAAGGCGCGCGGAGCACCGGGCAUUACUUUAGCGCCCCAGGACUCUAAGAGGCUCAGUGGCAUCUGCGCCUCUUAGAGCUUCCAGCUGUGGGGAUCGGUUGUCCCCCAGUUCUUCACGGGAAUUGUGCCAGACUCUGUCGGUGUGUGGGUGGGAAGCAGCGGGACCAAGGCUGGUCCUCUCGGCCCUCGCAUCCCAGCAGGGUUAGCUGUGGACAGCGCACUCUUCUGUGGCGAGCCCUCACCAGACACUUCUCGGAAAUGGAGCAGUCACAGUGUGGCAGUAGAGACCGAACCGGCAGCGGCCCACCCCACCUGGCCCCGGGGCUGGUGGCAGCGGCCCCUCCGCCCCCGUCUCCAGUGUUACCGGUACCCCCGGGGAUACCUGUUCCUCCAACUUUCCUGCGCCCGUCCAGCCUCUUUCUGCGGGCAGCCGCAGCCGCCACCGCGGGAAGCGGAGGCUGCCCGCCGCCUGCCGGAGUGGAAAGGGGGGUGGGCGCCGUGGCCGGCUACCCACGGACACCCAAGUGCGCCCGUUGUCGCAACCACGGAGUCGUGUCAGCCCUCAAGGGCCACAAGCGCUUCUGCCGCUGGCGGGACUGCGCGUGUGCCAAGUGCACCCUGAUCGCUGAGCGCCAGCGCGUCAUGGCAGCACAGGUGGCGCUGCGCAGGCAGCAGGCCCAGGAGGAGAGCGAAGCCCGGGCGCUGCAGAGGCUUCUGUACCCUGGACCCUCAGGGCCCGGGGGUCGAUCAUCCGGAGGAGGCAGCAGCAGAACGGAGAAUCCCCAGACCACAGCAAGCGGCCCUGCGACGGCGAGUGCACUGGGACUGAGUGCCUCGAGACAGGCUAGUGGUCUGGCAACUCCUGCUUUUGAGAUUUUCCAGCCAGAUUAUACAGAGGAAAAACAAGGACAAAAAGAGAGUAAAUGUGACUCAUGCCAGAGUGGACAAGAAGAACUGGUGUCUAAAUCCCAUCAAUUUACCCCGAGAUCAUCUCCUAAGUCUAAUGAUGUCACUGGAAAACAAAACGUCAGGUCAUCUAUUUCAGAAAACCCAAACAAGGAUGAUAGCAUGCAGUCUCCUCAUCCUGGAGAGCAGUCAGGAGGUGAAGAGAGUCCCAGGUCCCUGUCAUCCUCUGAUUUGGAAUCAGGAAAUGAAAGUGAGUGGGCCAAAGACUUCACUGAUACCACAGUCAGCCUUCCCACUGUGUCCUCUAGACCAAGAGACCCUCUUGAUAUCCUUACCAAGAUUUUCCCAAGUUACAGACGCAGCCGUCUAGAAGGCAUUCUGCAGUUCUGCAAAGGGGAUGUGGUCCAAGCCAUUGAACAGGUCCUAAAUGGGAAAGAACACAAAGCAGACACCAGGGACCUAGCAAGCUCAGGAGCAUUGGAAAAUACAGCUUUUCAGAGAGCUUCGAAUUUAAGUUUAGCAGGAAUUGGUUUUGGAACUCUAGGAAAUAAAUCAGCUUUCUCUCCCCUUCACAGUACUUCUGCUUCUUAUGGAGGUGAUUCAAGUCUCUACAGCUUAAAUCCUAGACUAGGUAUCAGUCCAUUACGGCUGGCAUAUUCCUCUCCAGGAAGAGGGCUGUCUGGUUUCAUGUCUCCCUACCUAACUCCUGGGUUGGCACCAGCAUUGCCUUUUCGGCCAGCUUUGGAUUAUGCCUUUUCAGGGAUGAUUAGGGAUUCUUCUUACCUUCCCAUCAAAGAUUCAGCAACUGGUGGCAGACUGUAUUCAAGGCCAAAUCAGAACAACAUGUAAUGCGUCUGCCUACCUCCCGUUCUGGAAUAUUUCUAGAAGCAUGCAAUAUAACCCUCACACCCACAC